CGACAACCUUAACGCAAUCCUAAACUCACUUUCCACCCUUAGUUCAGUUUCUUCAAAAAUUUUUUUUUUAAUGAUCAUAACUUCCCCUCUUUCUUGUUUUUUUUUUCAAUAUUAUUAAUCUAAUUCCCUUUCGUUCUUUCUGUUUAUAGAGAAGUAGAGACGAGGGAGAGUCUUUUAAGUUUAUCUAAUUAAGCAGGGAAGGUGUAAGCAACGAUAAAGAUGGUGGAAACAGCUAACAGCCACCAGCCACCUCCAUUUCAAGCCGCCCCCCCACCACCUCCAUCUCUUGCCGUUUCAAGGGGUCCCACUUGGACUCCGGCUGAGCAACUCCAGCAGCUCCAGUACUGCAUCCAUUCCAACCCUUCUUGGCUUGAGACAGCUUUUCUGGCUUUUCAACACUAUAUUGUCAUGCUUGGAACUAUAGUCUUGAUUGCCAGUAAUCUUGUGCCACGAAUGGGUGGGGACCAUGGUGAUAAAGCUCGUGUGAUUCAAACAUUGCUCUUUAUGGCGGGGUUGAAUACACUGAUUCAAACAUUCAUCGGAACAAGGCUUCCCACUGUGAUGAGCGCAUCAGUUGCUUUCACCUUACCAGUGUUGUCAAUCAUCAAGGAUUUGUCCGAUGAAAACUUUGCAGAUGAGCAUGAUAGAUUUACCCACACUAUGAGAACCAUUCAAGGAUCAUUAAUUGUUUCUUCCUUUGUCAACAUCAUCCUUGGGUUUAGUUUUGCAUGGGGCAAUUUGACAAGGUUCUUCAGUCCCAUUGUUAUAGUACCAGUGGUUUGUGUGGUGGGUCUUGGUCUGUUCAUGAGGGGUUUCCCACUGCUUGCUAACUGUGUGGAGAUCGGCCUGCCCAUGCUGAUUAUACUAGUCAUUUUCCAGUAUUUGAAGCAUCUCCAUCCAAGGGGGCGCCCUAUACUUGAAAGGUUUGGCUUACUUUUCUGCGUUGGAAUUGUCUGGGCUUUUGCUGCUAUCCUCACUGUUGCCGGUGCCUACAAUAAUGUUGGAGAACAAACUAAAAUGAGUUGUCGCACAGAUCGAUCCUUUCUUAUAUCAUCUGCUCCAUGGGUUAGAGUCCCAUACCCUUUUCAGUGGGGUGCUCCAAUAUUUAGAGCAAGCCAUGUCUUUGGGAUGAUGGGGGCAGCGCUUGUUUCAUCUGCAGAGUCCACUGGAACGUAUUUUGCCGCAGCAAGGCUUGCAGGUGCUACACACCCUCCAGCAUAUGUUCUCACCAGAAGUAUUGGUCUGCAGGGUGUUGGCAUGCUGCUUGAAGGAAUCUUUGGUGCUGCUGUUGGCAACACUGCAUCUGUUGAAAAUGUUGGCCUUCUUGGACUUACACACAUUGGGAGCCGAAGAGUGGUGCAGAUAUCAACUGUUUUCAUGGUCUUUUUCUCCAUAUUUGGGAAAUUUGGUGCCUUAUUUGCAUCUAUUCCUCUGCCAAUAUUUGCUGCUAUAUACUGUGUUUUAUUUGGUAUUGUUGCUGCUAUUGGGAUUUCCUUCAUACAGUUUUCUAACAAUAACUCCAUGAGAAACCACUACAUCUUGGGCUUGUCAUUGUUCCUUGGAAUAUCAAUACCUCAAUAUUUUGUCAGUAACUUCACCAUGGAUGGGCAUGGACCUGUUAAAACAGAUGGUGGAUGGUUCAAUGACAUAUUGAACACAAUUUUCUCAUCACCACCAACCGUGGCAAUGAUCAUUGGAACACUACUUGAUCACACACUUGAUGCGAGGCACACCAUCAAUGAUAGAGGAAUUCCAUGGUGGAAACCUUUCCAGCACCGCAAGGGUGACGUUCGAACCGAGGAGUUUUACAGUCACCCUGUGAGGAUAAGAGAGUGGUUACCGUCUAGAUUUCUCUGAGAAAACACUUCAACUAGUUGUAUAGUAGCCAUACAACAAGUAAAUUUCAUGUUAAUAUGCAUUAUGAGGCCUGUUCUCUAAUCUUUUGAAGCUGGACAAAACUCUUUUUAAGUGUUGGCAUUUUUUUUUU